AUGGCUGUCGCAAGAAAGGUCUGGCUCAUUACUGGAACCUCCUCCGGUUUAGGCCAAGCCAUCGCCAGAGCCGCACUUGCUAAGGGAGAUACCGUCGUCGCCACUGCUCGUGACCCCCGCAAGAUCUCGGAUCUCGCAUCAGCGGGUGCCAUCACCGAGCGACUCGAUGUGACAGCUUCUGACGAGUCCCUUUCUGAGACUGUCAACCUCAUCGUUUCCAAAACAGGAGGCAUCGACAUUCUCGUCAACAACGCCGGUUACAUCCUUGCCGGAGGUGUCGAAGAGGUUAGCCGUGACGAAGUGCAAGCCGAAUUCAACACAAAUGUCUUUGGCCAGCUAAACGUCCUUCGCGCCGUGCUCCCAGUGAUGCGCAAGCAAAAGUCAGGAGUGGUUGCGAACCUUGGGAGCAUUGGCGGUUGGCGUGGCACCCCUGCUGCCGGUCUAUACUGCGCUUCAAAGGCGUGUGCUGCCAUCAUCUCUGAGUCGCUACGUGCAGAGGUGGCCCCCUUGGGUAUCCAGGUGACAGUCAUCGAACCUGGCUACUUCCGAACCAACUUCUUGGCCCCAGGACACAAAGUCUGGGCCAAGAACAAGAUCGAGGACAUCGCCCCGGUUGUGGGAGCGACGAAUGACGCGUUUGAGGCUUACGACCGCAAGCAGCCCGGUGACCCCGAAAAGGCCGCUCAGCUGAUUGUGGAAGCCUUGACCGGAACUGGUAGGGCCCAGGGACGCCCACUGCCUGCAAGGUUCUCCGUCGGGAGCGAUGCUUAUCAGAUUGUUAGUGGUAUCUUGGACAGUCAAAAGAAGGAACUGGAGGAGUGGAAGGACUUGAGCACUACCACCGAUCACAUAGACUAA